CCAGGUGCCGGGCGGGGGCCGAGGCAAGCGCCGCCGCGGGGAGAGCAGGCCGGGCCAUGACCCCCGCGGCCCGCGACUGCAGGCGCGUCGCCUGGUGUCCCGCACGGCCACCAGCGUCCGCGCCCAGCGUGCCCCAGAAAGCGGCCUGCAGAGGUGACGCCAUGGGCCUGAAGCCCUCCUGUAUGAAAGGCUUUAAGAUGUGUGUCAGCAGCAGCAGCAGCAGCAGCAGCAACAACAACCACCAUGAGGAGGCACCUGUGCUAAACGACAAGCACCUGAGAGUCCCCAACAUCAUCAUUACACCCCCAACCCCGACGGGCAUGGGGCUGGCCAGAGACUUCAAGCGACCAGCCUGGACAGAUGAGCCAGGGUCUUACCAAGACGACAGCGAGUUGGAUUCUGAAGCCUGAGAAGUCACGGACUGGUGGGACCCACCUCCAUGGCUGCUCCCUGCCUCACUGCCCCUUGCCUCAGGUGUUGGGGACAUGGCUACCUGAGCAGCUGGAUGAGGACAGUGAACGGGCCCUGGGCCAAGACAAGAGUGGCCAGAGAAACACAGCCGGGCUCUGGCCACAGUGAAGCAGACACCUGUCGCCUCCAUGUUCUCACCAGCGCCCCAGACCCCAGCUUGGUGAAGAGGAGAUGGCCCUGCCCUACGGCCACUGUGACCAUGGACCCUGGCCCUCAAGGUCACAGCACACAAGGACUUCUCUCCAGUGCAGGGCCUCUGUUUUUUACAAUUUGUUUUACAGGUACAGAACCCACAUCCUGAGAGAGAUUUAUAAAUAAAACUCCUUUGUGA